UCUUCGGCUUCUCGGCUACUUAUUCUUCUUCUUCAUUAUCUUUUGCUCCUUUUCAUCUCUCUCUCUCUCUCUCUGUUUUUGCGCUCGUUGUUUCUCGUACAAAAAAUCAAAGAAAAAUGUCGAUGGAUGCUGCCAUUGCUAUUGUAUGGGAUGUCUUGAAGAUGGGGUUUGAUCCCAUCAAGCGUGGAUUCGGAUACGUCAUGUCCUCCAAGAGCUACGCCGACAAUCUUCGGCAGGAGGUCGGGAAGCUCGAUGAGCAGGUGGAGAGGGUCGGCCGUCUUGCCGAAAGGGCUAGAAACAGUCGGGCCUUGUACCCUCGCUUCACGAGGUGGGAGGAUGAUGCCAAGAGGAACUCCAGGGACGCGCAAGGCCUGUUGGACGCCUUCGAUGAGGCGACCAAGACUUGCUGCUACGGGAGACUUCCCGACCCCAAAUGUCGCUAUCAGUUCAGCACCAAGGCCAAGGCCCAGAUCAAGGUCAUUGGGGAGCUCGCUCAACAAUGCAAUGAUCGAUUCAAGGAAUUGGACGACAUCUCCUGGGUUCCUGCUCCAGGGGAAGUCACUGUUCCGAAUCCGGCCAGGAGAGUCCAGCCGCCCACCGGGACGGCCUCUGUUUCUUCUGCCUCGACUUCGAUUACUCCUAGGGAGGAUGGCGUCUUCGAAUCUAGAGCUUUGAUGAUACAGAAAGUCAUGGACGCUCUUGCCAAUAACAGCAACAGUGUGGUUGGGAUUUACGGGAUGGGCGGGGUCGGCAAGUCCACCCUUUUGGUGGAUAUCGAAAAAAGAAUAAGGAGAGAGAACUCUUUUGAUUGGGUGGCUAGGGCCGACGUGUCGGAAAAUACAGACAUCAAGAGGAUUCAAGGAGAGAUUGCGCGCGCUUUGGACCUUACUGACAUGAAGGCCGAAGAGUGUCCCACGGCGCGAGCGGAACUUCUGCAACAGAGGUUGGAAAACGAGGAGGGGGAGAAAAAGAAGGUGCUCAUAAUACUGGACAACCUCUGGGAACAGCUCGACUUGAAAUCAGUCGGCAUUCCUUGCGGACCCGACAACAAAGCUACAGGAUGCAAGUUGUUGUUGACGGCGAGAGAGCAACGUGUUUUGCGAAGGGAAAUGCGCUGUGACAGCGCCUUCCUCCUUGGUGAGCUGGAAAACGUAGAGGCAAAGAGAUUGUUUGAGAAGAUGGUGGGAGGCAAAGUUGAAGUUGGGUGGGAACCCUUGGUGGAGGAAGCACUCGGCAUCUGUGCAGGCUUGCCUUUCCUAAUUGUUGCAAUAUCAAAGCUUUUUAUAGACACUACUUACUCUGCAUGUAAGUGUGCUUUGACACAAAUCUGGAGCAAAGAUACCGGUGAGACAGGUGAGUUGAUAAACAAGACUCUGCAAAUUAGUUAUGAACGUAUAAAACGCAAGGAGGCGAAGUCAUUGUUACAACUCAUUGCUGUUUAUGGUGUCUCUAAGCCCUCUCUUGAAAAUUUGGUGAGGUACGGCUUUGGUUUGGGGUUACUCGGAGAAGAUAGUAGCAUGGAAGAUGCUAGAAAUAUGUUGAGCUUACUGAUCGAAGAUCUUCAAGACUCCUCCCUAUUGUUACGCGGCGAAGAAGGUGAUGGUUUCAAGAUACAUGACUUGGUCCGUGAGUUUGUUGCCUCGAUCAUUUCAAAAGAUCGCCCUCUUCUUGUGCUGAAAGACAAGUCUGUUGCCAAGUUGUCCCAGGACAAGCUCCAAAGUUGCGAGGCGAUAUGCUUUCCCUACGUUGACAUGAAAAAGCUUCCCCAAAAAUUAGUUUGUCCGGAAUUGCGCAUCUUUUUACUGUUCGCAAACGAUAAAUCCUUAGAGGUCCCAGAUUCAUGUUUCAACUUUAUGAGAAAACUCAAGGUCUUAAAUUUCACUGGGAUAUGUCUCAGUCGUUUGCCUUCGCCGUUUCAAUUCCUGGAGAACUUACGCACUCUAUGUAUGGAUAAUUGUUCGUUAGAAGACGUGGCCAUUCUUGCCGAGCUUAAAGGGUUAGAAAUUCUCAGCCUUAGAGGUUCCAAAAUUCAGCGGUUGCCGAAAGAAAUUGGGCAACUGGUAGAGCUGAGGUUAUUAGAUUUGAGCCAUUGUUAUCGACUUAAGAUAAUUGAACCGGAUGUACUUGGAAGGUUGACCAAAUUGGAGGAGUUGUACAUGGAGCGUAGCUUUGAUCAGUGGAAUGCCGUGGAGCAAACUCCAGCAACUAAUGCCAGUCUUAUUGAGUUGAAUAACAUGAAGAAUCUCCGCGCUCUGCAUGUAUCCAUUUCCGAUCCGAGUGUGCUCCCAAAGGACCUAGAUAUUGAGAAAUUAACCAAAUACAGAAUCUCAAUAGGAAAUAUGUGGCGCUGGAGCGAGUACGAAGGAUUGAGGACAUUGGAGCUGGAGUUGAAUUCAAAAAGCGAUAUUCUUCGUGAAAAAUGCAUACAAAGUGUCUUAUGCAAAACCGACGAUCUGUUUUUGAAAGAUUUGAACGGAAUUGAGCAAAGCGUCUGCCGGUUAUCCCAAGAAGGUUUUUCACAAUUAAAGCAUCUAGAGGUCGAGGAUAGUUCUUCCCUCCAUUACAUCCUCGACUGCUCUUCCCUUCCCACUUUUAAGGCGUUGGAGUCAUUACUUCUCAAGUGUCUCAUCAAUUUGGUGAAGAUAUGCCACAACCAUAUCUCUCCCGAGUCCUUCUGUGCAUUAAAAGAAGUACGAGUUGAAGGUUGCGACAAGAUGGAAGUUCUAUUUCCUUGUUCAGUGGUGAGACAACUUCCACAUCUAGAAAAGAUAGAAGUUGUCGAUUGCAAGUUAAUGCGAGGGAUUGUAGACGUUGAUGAUGAUCGUGGAAAAUUUGAGUUGCCUAAAUUGCGCGUAUUGAAAUUGCGUGACUUGCCAAAUAUCCAGAAUUUUAUCACUGGCGGUUCGUCUCCUUCGAGUAGUACAUCAAACGACCAAGUUGGCACUCAAAUUGCAUUCUUCAAUGGACGACAGGUUGCCUUUCCAAGUUUGGAGACAUUAGAAUUGGAUGGCUGUGACAACCUCGAGUUUAUAUUUUUUCCAUCCAUGGUGAAAUCUCUCACACAACCGAGAGAUCUAACGGUAUCAAAUUGCAAGAAGAUGGAGACAAUCAUUGCGGAGGAAGAAGGGCUGGGAAUGGAAAUAUCAAAAACUUCGGCAUUCUCAAUGUUAACCAAUUUACGCUUAGAUUGUUUGGAAAGCUUGAAGUGCUUCACUUGCAGAAAGUGUAAGAUCAGUUUUUUCUUUUUAUUACUAAAGAUUUUCGUGUAG